ACAACCCAGCCUCCCCUGAGGCCUUGAGAAAGAGAGCGAUAGAGAGCGAGAGAGAGUGCCCAGAGCCUCCUGGCCCUGAGACGGCUGGGCCAGCCACGCAGGGCUCUGCAGCAUGUGGGAGCUCCGCUCCAUAGCCUUCUCCAGGGCUGUGUUCGCAGAGUUCCUGGCCACACUCCUCUUCGUCUUCUUUGGCCUCGGCUCGGCCCUCAACUGGCCACAGGCCCUGCCCUCUGUGCUACAGAUUGCCAUGGCGUUUGGCUUGGGUAUUGGCACCCUGGUACAGGCUCUGGGCCACAUAAGCGGGGCCCACAUCAACCCCGCCGUGACUGUGGCCUGCCUGGUGGGCUGCCACGUCUCCUUUCUCCGAGCCACCUUCUACGUGGCUGCCCAGCUGCUGGGGGCUGUGGCCGGAGCCGCUCUGCUCCAUGAGAUCACGCCAGCAGACAUCCGCGGGGACCUGGCUGUCAAUGCUCUCAGCAACAGCACGACGGCUGGCCAGGCGGUAACUGUGGAGCUCUUCCUGACACUGCAGCUGGUGCUCUGCAUCUUUGCCUCCACCGAUGAGCGCCGCGGAGAGAACCCGAGCACCCCUGCUCUCUCCAUAGGCUUCUCUGUGGCCCUGGGCCACCUCCUUGGGAUCCAUUACACCGGCUGCUCUAUGAAUCCUGCCCGCUCCCUGGCUCCAGCUGUCGUCACCGGCAAAUUUGAUGACCACUGGGUCUUCUGGAUCGGACCCCUGGUGGGCGCCAUCCUGGGCUCCCUCCUCUACAACUACGUGCUGUUUCCGCCAGCCAAGAGCCUGUCGGAGCGCCUGGCAGUGCUGAAGGGCCUGGAGCCGGACACCGACUGGGAGGACCGCGAGGUGCGACGGCGGCAGUCGGUGGAGCUGCACUCGCCGCAGAGCCUGCCACGGGGCACCAAGGCCUGAGGGCCGCCAGCGGCCUCUACGGCCCGACGGACGCUUGCCAGGCCCGAGGCAGAAGGGCCCACCCCGUCCCUCCUCUCCCCCAGGUCUGAAGUUGGCCCCCCAGCGCUGAGUAGCUGCUUCCUGGACGUGCGCGAGAGGCCAGUGCUGUGAGCAGGCGGGGAGGAGGCUGCCGGAGGAAGCCCUGAGCCUGGCGGGGUCCCCUGCCCUGAGGCUGUGAGCAGCCAGUGGUGGCUCCUUCAGCCUUUUGCAGGGAACUUGGAACUUAGGGGACUGAGCUGGGGAGGGAGGCAGGUGGGUGGUAAGAGGGAAACUCUGGAGAGCCUGCACCCAGGUACUGAGUGGGGAGUGUACAGACCCCUGCCUUGGGGGUUCUGGGAAUGGUGCAACUGGUUUUACUAGUGUGCAGGUGUGUUCAUCCUUGAGUUUUCCUUUGUCCUCACAUACAGGGUUGUGCAUGCCCCGAGUGUGAACAGGUUUGCCUACGUUGGUGCAAGUGUGCACGGCUGGGGACUUCUCACUUCCCCUUGCACCCCUUCCUCCCCAACCUGCAAUAAAUCCACUUCUCCUGCGGUGGAUGAGUGUGGGUGCCAGUCAUCCUCAGGAGAAGGGGAAGGGAAGGAGGCCACUUUGAGAGGGCUGAAGGGAGGGUCUUGAUUUCCAGCCGCAAUCUGGCUCCUCCUGGAAAAUUUCCCCCACCUGCAGCGCUGGGCCCCAAGGCUUGCCAAGAUUCAUUGCUGGAGGUAGAGAGGUGUCAACCAGAGAACAGCUCCCCUAGAAAUGGCCUCUGGAAAAAGGAAAUCUUUGGUUGGCAAAGAUUUCCUUUCUGUGGUGAGGGAGAACCUCUCCAAAGAGGAAGCAGGCAUAUGAGUGUGCACGCCUUCACAUGUGUGUACGCUGUGUGUGCCCGGGACCCCCGUCUCCAGGGGUGCCCCAGACCCAGAGAUUAGCCUCCCACUUCAGCAGAGAAAACAAAAGCCCUUUGUGGGACCCGGGCCUUUGUCUUGGGAGAGGGGGAGAUUUGUACCUAAACACUUCUUGAAAGACACUCAGUUUCACAAGUGAGCCCUCUUGCCCAGCACACACCUAUGGCUGGCUGGGCAAGGCGCUCAAGCAUGCAACCAUGGGCACCAGGCAACACCCCUCCAUCACCCAUCUCAUUCUCCCCAGUCCUCAGGCAGCAGCUCCUCCGCCCCAGGAAUCUCUGUUCCUUCUCUGUCUGCCUCUCCACAGCCCGUGAUCCCCUGCUUCUGGCUCCUACCACUGGACAGUCAUUGUGGAUAGAGCAGCCUGCUGCUCUCAGGACCAGAGAAGGGAAAUGACUUCUCCAGGCAGAGGCAGAUCUGAGUCUAGAACCCAGGCUUCUAAAUUUCUAGGCCAGUAUGACUGCUCUCAAAAGAGAUUAACUGGGAUUAAGUGAGAUGACGCAUGUAAAGGUGCUGUGUAAACUGUAAUUCUUAAUACCAUUAUCACGCAUUACUAGAAUCAUUUCAUUAUUUCUGCUUCCUGGGGGAAGGAUGCAGAAGGAAUCUGAUGCUCAACAUCCCUUACCUCCUUUCGUUGAUGGCCAAAGCAAAGGAGAGUCCUGGGAGCUCGCAAGAUCCAAGCAGAAGGAGAUGGGUUUGGGGCUGGCUCCAUCCUGGCCCAGCCUCUUAACCUCUUCUUACCCUGAAUGUGUGCCCUAUCUUUUCUCCCACCUCCUUCCUCCCACUACCCAGCCCCAUCCAUUCUCUCCUUCCCUCUCCAGUCUGCUGUAUAAGUAACAUGUGGGUCAUACCUUGAACCCCCCCCACGCCCCCAUGCUCUCUGUGGCCUCCAUGCCUUCAAGACUUCUGUCUGUAUCUAUCUCACACUGCACCAAGCACCCACUGUGCACCAGGCACUAAGUCUCUAGCCUCUUUCUCCCUUCUGCUCCCAUCCAAGAAAGACAGUGUAUAAGGAACAUCUCUGUAAUUGUGUCCCCUCUCAUCUAUGCUCUUUCCUGUCUUCCUUGACCAAAGCUUUCUUUGAGGUCCAAAAAAGGCUGCCCUGGGCCAUACAUGCUAUGGAGAGGACUCUCCCAAACCCUCAGUAGCUAGUGACAGCCACUUGGCCUCACUACCAGAAGAAGGAUGGAGUCAGAAACCAAAGUGACCUCCAGAGCUGUCCUCCUGGAAUCUGAGUGUCCUUGCUCUAGAGGUUCAAAGGCAGCAAGGCAGUGAGCUAUGAGCCCAGCAUGGAUGUGUCUCAGGCACCUCAUCCCCACCCUACCUCACCCCAACAAACUCCUCUAGAAGAAGCCAAGAAUUUCUCUCUAUGUCUGUUUCACUUCUUGGAUUGCAUCUCCCCAAAAACUAAAUGUGAAAUCCUUACCAUUUCUAGCCUCUAUUGCCCAGAUUGGAGUCAGAAGUCAAAAAAGGAUUCCAAGUGAUGGAACUCCAGGGGUGGAGGGAAAUUGGCAGUUCCUGGCAUCUCUUGUGUACCAGCUGCUGUGCUGGAUGCCUUGCAUGCACGGGCUCAUCUAAUCUUCCUCAAACUUCAGAUAGGUUAAGGAAGGACAAAGGCCCCCAGCCAUGAAGGGUUUUGCUAUUUCCAAAGCUUCCCCUUAUCGUCCCCUGUGAUUGUCUCCCAACCCUGUGACAAAGGUAGAGCAAAUAUUGUUCUUCCCAUUUUACCGAUUCAGAAACCAAGGCUAAGGGACUGGUCUAAAGUCUCACAGGUAGUACAUAGUGAAGCCAAGACUUGAACUCAGAGCUUUUUAUACAAAAUCCCAUGAUUUUUCCACUGAGACAAAUCCUAGGCUCCUGGGAGGCCCUGGCAGAAGCCAGAACACAUGGCUGGGCCUUUCCAGUCCAACCCACUGUCUUGCAGUGGACGGACAGCCUUGGCGAGGGCAGCAGGGUAGAGAGGACAAAGAAUGUGGGGCUGGUUUCUGCCCUUUAAGAGCACCCGGUCAGUCAGAGAACAGAGAUCACACACACCAAACCAGACAGAGGCAGGGCGGCAUGGAGACAGGUAGACAGACCUCCAGGUCCCCAAGCUGGGGACAAAGAAGGUUCUGAGCUGUCCCAUAUUCCCACUUCUUGCCAAAUGACUUUGCACCUGCAAAUGGUGCUUCAAUGUUGUUUUGUAUCUUUAAGCUGUGAUGUUGUAUAUAUACAAUGCCUCCCAGCUAGACUGUAAGCCCUUUGGGGACAGGGCUGCUUCCAGUUCUUGGAUGGCAUUCUCCUAUCUACCUUCCUUCAACUGCUCUGCAUAUAAUAAGCACUCAAUAAAUGCUCAUUUGCCAAUAA